UGGCCUGGGGUUGGUUGGGCGGGCGAUGGAGCAGGUGGACGGCCUGACUUUGGCUCGCUGCGUGGCCUCCCCCUUCCUAAGGCCCUACACGCUGCACUACCGCCAGAAUGGCACUCAGAAAGCCUGGGAUUUCAUGAGGACUCAUGACAGCGUAGCUAUCCUGAUCUUCAACUCGACUCAGCAGAGCUUUGUCCUGGUGAAGCAAUUCCGCCCAGCGGUGUACAUGGCGGAGUUGGGGCGACGGUGCCCCGAAGCCUUCCCGGACGGAGGCCCCGAUGACCCCAGGGACCUCAGGGCGGAGGGGGUGACCCUGCCGAGCACCGCAGGCGUGACUUACGAGUUGUGCGCCGGCAUCUUGGAUAAGCCCGACCUGUCGCUGGAGGAGGUGGCCUGCGCCGAGAUCCUGGAGGAGUGUGGCUAUCAGGUUCCGGCCUCGGGCCUGAGGAGAAUCACGUCGUACAAGUCGGGAGUUGGCGUGACAGGAUCGACCCAGACCAUGUUUUAUGCAGAAGUGACGGAUUCCAUGAAGGUGGGCGAAGGCGGAGGGCGGCCCGAGGAAGGGGAGCUGAUUGAGGUGGUGAACAUCCCCCUGCGGGAGUCCCUGGCCUUUGCCUAUGACGAGAAGUUCUCCAAGACCAUGGGCGUCAUCUUCGGCUUCACGUGGUUCCACAGCACCUUCCCCCCACCCGCCCCAUCCCCAUCCCCGCUGGCGCCCACCCAGAUAUAGACCUUCUUCCCAGGCCCUCCCCCUUCCAGCCCCCAGAAGUGGGAGCCUGGGGGUCCCUGGAGGUGUGAAAAACCCUAGGACCUCGCAGAAGGAAAGUCAGGAGGCAGGGCUCGGUUGAAGCCUUGUCAGGGUUGGGGAAAUAAAAGCACAGCAGUGGA